UCUCGAAGUAAGUGCUAACCUGUGCUCCCUUGGCAUCUGUGAACAUCUGGUCUGCAGGCAAUGUUUAGAUAAAGGGAUUAACGGAAACUGCCCUAUUUGCCGUCUACCAUUUGAUGCUAAAGAUGUGAAAGACCAACUACUUGUAUGUAAUUUAGUUGACUUGUGUAAGCAGCUCGGAGAAAUUGUUUACAAUCCAACUGCAGUAUCAAGUGAUGAUGAUGAUGAUAAUAAUACUAAAACUAGAGAAGACACUAUUUAUUCCUUGUCAUCCAGAAGCACCAGUAACAAAAGUGAGGUCAUCAAACCAAUUUCUAUCAAGUCCAGUGAGACUAGUGCUCUCAGCUUGUUUGCACAUGAACUGGAUAAGCAAUCACAGGAAGCUAUUUUUAAUCAAACUCCAGAGAACUUACCACCAAAAAAACUGAGAUCUUUGGAAAGAAAAAAUAUUUCCAAAGUUGCUAAGACAAGUUUUUUGCCAAAUAAAAAACCUUGUAUAACUAAGUAUAAAUCAAAAUCCAGUUUGAAACAUUUAAACUUGCUUAAUGUAUCUGAUUCAUCUUUGAGAUGUAGCUUCUCAAGAUUCUCAAAUAAAGGCCGUAAAAGGUCAGCACCAGCCCUUGUGAACUUAGCAUCUCCAGAACCUAAAUGGAAGUCACCACAGACAAAAAAAACCAGGUCUCCUGCCAUUAUGAAGAAAAAUGCUAAAGGAGAGACUCCAUUGCAUGUUGCAGUGAUAAAGGUUUUCGAAAUUGUUGAGCAACUUAUGAACAAAGUCUGUGUACAUCAACAUAAAUGGUAA